UUGGUUUUUUCUUAAUUCACCCUUUUUGUGAAAAGUUAUUAUUAUUAUUAUUAUGAUCAUGGUGAAAUGAUUCAUAUUUGGUUUUGAAGUGUUGAUUGUGAUAAAGGAAACAUCAUCAUGUUGGGUUCUUCUCCAAAAGUUGGAAAUAUUAGCUAUGAUUACUCUUUUAAGGUUUUGUUAGUUGGUGAUUCUGGUGUUGGCAAGAGUAGUCUUCUUCUCAGCUUCAUCUCUGACUCUAACUCAGUUGAUGACCUCUCUCCCACUAUUGGAGUAGAUUUCAAAAUCAAGCAUUUUACAAUUGGUGGUAAAAGAUUGAAGCUUACUAUUUGGGACACAGCUGGACAAGAGAGGUUUGGAACAGUGAUAUGCUCUUAUUACAGAGGCGCACAUGGAAUCAUUCUUGUGUAUGAUGUUACACGGCGUGAGACAUUUACAAAUCUGGUGGGCAUAUGGGCCAAAGAGGUUGGACAUUACUCCACAAAUCAUGAUUGCAUCAAAAUUCUUAUUGGCAAUAAGGUGGAUAAGGAGAGUGAAAGAGCUGUAAGCAAAGAAGAGGGAUUGGCUCUUGCAAAGGAACAUAGAUGCUUGUUCCUAGAAUGUAGUGCCAAAACUAGAGAAAAUGUUCAACAAUGCUUUGAAGACCUCACGUUAAAGAUAUUAGAGGUGCCAAGUUUGCGGGAAAAAGGAUCUGUAGAAGUGAAGAGACAAAAGCAAAAGCGCAUAUACGAGACAUCACAAAGAGGCGGUUGUUGUUCUUAGUAAAUACAUGCUGCAACAUGAAUUGUGCAAAAGUUUUUAACAGAAGGAAUACCACAGUUACUAUCAAGUGACACAAUCACAUACUUUGGACUUAGAAUGCUUGAGAUGGAUAUUGCUCUCUCAAUAUCUCUUGGAGACACAGUUUAGUAUUUAGAUGAUACGAAAACUCUUCGGUAUUUUGUUUUUUUUCUUACUUCUGUUAUAGUUUUGGAAACAUCUGCAGUAUUGUAUAUCAUAUGUAAAUAUAUGCCUCUAGUUUGAAUGUGUUAGAAUUGAUUUUGAGGUUUGGUUAGGAUAUGCAGCAAAUUUGUGAUGUACUCCCUCCGUC